UUUUAACUGUAAACAUUCAGAGUAAGAACUCCACCAGCGCUGUAAAGCCUCUUCUCAAGAAAUAGCAGAGUAUUUUUGGAUGUGAAGGAUGGACUUCUCAGUGAUUGCUAUCAGAGAUGUACAAAAUGUGCUUUCAGCUAUGCAGAAGAACUUGGAGUGCCCAAUAUGCUUGGAUGUGGUAGAAGAGCCAGUUUCAACAAAAUGUGAUCACAUAUUCUGCAGGUUCUGCAUGUUCAAACUCCUCAGCAAAAAGAAAAAAGGUGUGAUACAGUGUCCUCUCUGCAAGACUGAAGUUACCAAGAGAAGUCUGAAAGAAAAUUCCAGAUUUAAGCAACUAAUUGAAGGAUUGUUGGAAACUAUCCAUGCAUUUGAGCUUGACACUGGGGUAAAGUUUUUAAACAGUCAUCACUUUCCUAAAACAUCCACAGAAGCCACUGCUGCUGAGUUCCUGUGUAAAGAAAGUUCUGUCAUCCAAAGUAAGGGCUUCAGAAACAGGAAAAAAAGUGCUAAAGAAAAUGGACAAGAAAACUGCAACUUGCAGGAAGCUAAUGUGGAUACACAGCUUACAGAUACCAGGGUCAAAAGGUGUCCUCUAAGAAACAAAACCCAGAAAUGUGACUCUGAAAAAGGGAUUUAUAUAGAGUUCGGCUCUGAUUCAUCUGAAGAGCUUUUUAAACAGGCAAGCAAUGCUGGGUUAGAAGACAAAGAAGCGCUUCAGGUUUCAUCUCAAGAAAAGCUAGAAGAACUUAAGAGUGCUGAGAAGGGGAAUGAAUAUUCUUGCAAUACACAGCCUGACGAGCUGGGUGCUAAAGAAAUAAUUCUACCAAAUGUCAUAGGUGAAAGUGAUUUCUCGAAGGAAGGCUCGAGCAAGAAAAGCAUUCGGAGCAUCACUGAAUGUACCAAACCUGGCCAAGUGAAUAUGACUGAAUACCAGAGUUCUCCUUUAAAUGUUCUUGCUGUAGACGUACUCACAGAGCAGUGUGACAGAAUAGGUAAUGCCAGUGCCUUAAGGAAUGGGGACACAUCUAUCUUUAAGAACACAGAAGAAAUGGAUGCGGAGCAAACUCGGUGCAAUAGUAAAAGCAAAGAGUUUGACUUAAAAGAUAGCUCAGAGAGCAGGCUGGAUAAAAGCAAGGAAAUAGAUGAUGUUGUACAAAGUGUGGAAACUGUGGAAAUGUAUGAACCUGAGAAUGAUUCUUUCCAUGAAAAAGAACUUCCUCUAGAGAAGCUACUUCAGCCAGAGACACUUCACUGUGCUACCCUGAAUCAAGUCUCGAGGAAGAGACUGAAGCGAAGCAUUCAGAAAGUCAAUGAAUGGUUUUCAAAAAGCAACGAGAUUCUGUCUUCCAGUUCUUCCCAGGAUGAUUCUGCUGGACCAGCUGAUGAUUCAGGUGAAGGAGAUACAUGUUUAUCAGAUAAAGAUUCCUGUAUUUCAGAAAAGACUGACCCUAUGGUAGAUUCCAUGGAAAUUGCAGUGGUUGAAGGAAACAAGAGAUGGUCAAAACAAACAGCAGAUAGCAUCAAAGACAAAAUAUUUGGGAAAACAUACAAGAGAGAGAGGAAGUCAAAUCCCCCUACUAUCUUGAAAGAGAUUUUACCUACUACAAAAGAGGAAGAUGUGGCUGCUGAUAAGUGCUUGAAUAAUUCCAGCAAAGACAGACUAAAGCGAAAAAGGAAGACUGCCCGUGUCCUGCAACCUGAGGAUUUCAUCAAGAAAAAAGAUACAGAAGAGGUGGAUGGGUGCCCUCAAAGUGCUAACUGGUGCCUUGGAGAUGCUGAAAAGAAAAGACGUGAUGAAAGUUCUGCUGUUACUGAGAGUCACCUCUCUGAGAAUAGAGAGGAUAAUACACUAGCAGAACUUGAGGAAGGAGGAGGAUCCAUAUGGAAAAAAGCUACUGAAAAGGUGACUGGCAAGUACUGCGAUGGGGAGCUAGAACUGAAUAACUGUGAUCAGAAAAGCACUAAAAAAAGAAGUUCUGCAGCAAAAAGAUGCAGGCAUUCUACUAGAACCAUGUGUGCCCAACAGUUAGUAGUGGAUAGAAACUCUGUUUCCCCUGAUCCAGCUGAGCCACAGAUUGAUAGCUGUCCAAGCAGUGAAGAACCAAGGAAAGUUGAUUCUGAGCAAAGACAAGUCAGGCGCAGCAGGAGGCUUCAGUUACUUUCUGAAGAAAUGACAAAAGAAACAGGAAAAGGAGUAGUAAUUAAGGGAGCAAGAAAGUAUGACAGUGAUCAUGAAGGGUCUUUCUCUGGAGACCAAAGGAAUGUGUUAGUUCACGCUUCUGAAUGCAAAGACCUGUGUGAGCCCCAGGGUAUGUUGAGUUACAAGCCACUCACUAAUCUGAAGAGUGGUGAUUUGAAAACAAAUGAAACACAGAUUAGUCUAAAGAAUUUAUCUGACACUGCAGAAAGUGGAAAAAGUCUCUUCGAUCCUACAUCUUCAUGUCAGCGUUCAAAUUGUAGUUCCAUUGCACCUGAUGUAGGUUCUCAAGAAGGUGAAAUACUAGGUAGCCCUUUCCUCCUACAGUCUCCUUCAAUGACUGUUGUGCAAACGGCUUCCCACCCCACUGGAGAGAUGACUGAAUCAUGUACUACUUUUCCCCGGGACAGUGGACAUGAUACACAAAAUGUUCCAGGGGACUUCAGAAGCGAAAAGUUGCCAAUGGCUAAAAAUGUUUUGGAAUUGACCAAGGAAGCUGAAGAUAGUGACUUGGACACACAGUAUCUGCGAAAUAUAUUUAGGCAUUCAAAACGCCUAUCAUUUAGCCUUUAUCCUACUCCCAUGAAGGCGUGUGCAGUAGAAGAUGCUGCUUCUGAAACUUUAAAGAUAUCAUGUGCUGAUCAGUUAGAAAAUAAGCAUAGCAAAUAUUUUAAAACAGAAAACUCACAAGAAGAGAAAACAACUGCUGAAAGCUUGAGUAGGGGUUGUGAGAAAGAGAAGCUUAAGGCCUAUAUAUCUGCUUGUGUUAGUCCUGUGACUUGCUUUGUUGGCAACACUGAAUGUAUGCACACAGGGGAACAUCAAGAAGAUGUUUCACAGGUUGCAAAUCAAGAGAAUGUGACACCAAUAGGAAUGGGUACUGCUAGGACUGAAGACAAAAACAGAUCACAAAAAGGAGAGCAGGGAAAUGAAAAGACAGUGUCAACUGACAUAGGGAUAGAAAGCAAGUUGAGACAGAAUCCAAUAGAAAGUAAUGGAAGCCAAAGUGAUCAGAGUAAUAUAGAAGAGCACGUUUUCAAAAGAACUGAUUUAAACACAGUUGAUGAAAUACGCUUCAGUUCAGAAAGGAAUCAAGCAGGAAAGGCCAAAGUUGUUGAUGGCAAAGGACUAAUACUACAUUUUCAGUCCAGAUCAAUGAUUUGUUCUGCAACUUGUCAGCAAAGGCCUGCUGAAUUCAGCUAUGAAGUCACUGGAAAAAAAAGUGGCAAAAGAGAAAGAAAACACAUAAAGGGGAAUGAAGAACAAGCAACCCGAACUGCUAGCACAGGGAUGCCUGAGUAUUUAGUUACAGAGGCUCUAGAAGAACCUCUUAAAGGGAGUAGUGAUUUUACAGGUUUGUCUGAAACCCCUGAUGGCUUACUGUGCUCUGAUGACGAUAUUGAAGAGAGCACCAGCUUUUCUGAAACUGAUAGGAAAGAGAGAUCUGCGGUGUUUGUAAAAAGAAGUGACAAUGCCCUGGUAAAAGAACUACACAAUAGAAAUGUUGGUUCUAAGCCAAGAUCUCGAGGUAAUCAGAGAACUCGAAGAAGAGCACAGAAACUGCAAUCUUCAGAUGAAGAAUCUAGCGAGGAUGAAGAUUUACCAUGUUUUCAGACAUUAAUAUUUGGCAAAUCAGUAAGCACACCUUUGCAGAUCAAUAAACAAGUGACAUCUUUGGUAGAUUCUUCAGUAAGUCCCAUCACAUUGCCUCACAAUGGAAGUCAUGAUGACAAUAAUAUGCAGAAAAUGCCUGAAGCUGCCCUAAGUAAUGGGUGUGUUUCACCAAGCCAGGAGUCAGAAUGCUCCGUCAACUUAUUUUCUUCCCAGUCCAAUGUGUCUGAAGCAUCAGUUGAUGGAGCACAAGAGCUGAAGAAAGCUUUAAUACAAGUUUGUACAUCCAAACAAGUGAGCAAUGUGAAUGAGAGUAAAGAAACUUUUCAAAGUUGUAACGGAGGGCUGAAGAUAAGCAAAACUAACUUCAAAGAUCAGUACCAGGAAGACCCAAACAUGAGAGCAAACCUAGGUGAAGCAUCUGGAUAUGACAGUGAAACAAGUAAUGUAGAAGAUUCAUGUGGACUGUUCUCUCAGGGUGAAAUCCUUACUACACAGCAGAAGAAUGCUAUGCAAAAUAACCUAAAAAAACUUCAGCAAGAAAUGGCUGUACUUGAAGCAGUGCUAAAGCAGCAUGGAAGUCAGGACUGUGAAUUUUUACCUAUUUAUAGGGAACUGCCACAUUCCAGUAGUGAAGGAACACUUGGAAUGGAACAAAUGAGACAAGAAAGAGGGGUAGAGUCAACCUCAGAAGGAAAUUUUGAAAAUCAUAAAUACAGCAGUUCAAAGGGAUUUUCAGCCAAUGAUUUCCAUGUUAUGCCAAGUGAUUCUCUCAACAGUAAAAGCAAAGAGUUAGAAAAAGAAAGGUCUCCAGAAUUGUUGCUUCCAUCUUCUAAAUCCUGUUUGUUAAAGAGAACAGAUUUGGAGAAAGGCCUUCAGUGUGACAGUGUUCUGAAGAGCAAAGCUCCUUCUGAAAAGGCAAAACCUGUGCAGGAAGCAGUGCAAGAAUAUAGUCAGUGUCAGCUUGAAGCAGAAAACGCACAUGAGCAGAAAUCUGGAACCAGGCUAAACAGUGCAUCUGUCUUAUCAAAUCUCUCUGGAAAUGUGACCAGGAAUCUAAAUAGCUCUUCCUCCUCUGUAAGGCUUCUUAACCCUCGAACUGCAGAAGCAACAAAUAGUUCUGUUAUAGCUCAGAAUGCUAAUAAAAGCUGUGCUCAAGAAUGUAAAUCGAAGAGAAGUGUGUGUUUUCCUAUAUCUGUUCCGCACAAUGCCGCUGGGAAAGAAAAUGCUACAAGUCCAGUUGUGACUAACAGGAAAGAAAUGUCAAUUGUGGCAUCAGGUCUGAAUCAAAGUGAACAUUUGGUGGUCCAGAAGUUUGCAAGAAAAACUGAGAGCACUUUAUCUAAUCACAUUACUGAAGGAACAACCCAUGUCAUAAUGAAAACAGAUAAGGAGCUGGUGUGUGAACGGACACUGAAGUACUUUCUGGGUAUUGCAGGAAGAAAAUGGGUAGUUAGUUAUCGGUGGGUAAUUCAGUCUUUUAAAGAAGGAAGGAUACUGGAUGAGGAGAACUUUGAAGUUAGAGGAGAUGUAAUCAACGGAAGAAACCACCAAGGUCCUAAGAGGGCUAGACAGUCUCUGACUGAAAAGAUCUUUAAAGACUUUGAGAUCUGUUGCUAUGGACCUUUCACUGAUAUGACUACAGAACAUCUAGAAUGGAUGGUGGAGCUUUGUGGUGCCUCUGUAGUGAAGCAACUUCAUCUGUUCACACACAAGACAAAUUCUACUGCUGUCGUGGUUGUGCAGCCAGAUGCGUGGAUGGAAAACAUGGAUUAUAAAGCAAUCCAGCAAAAGAACAAUGUUGCCAUGGUGACUCGAGAGUGGGUAUUAGACAGUGUUGCUUGCUAUGAGUGCCAGGAGUUCGAUGCUUACCUUGUGUCCUAAGGGUGAUCUGCAGUUCUUUUUCCCUUGCUCAGAAAUUCUCAUCAGUGCUGAUAUUUUGGUAAUUAUUUUAAGGACUGGGAAUUUUUAAGUCACUUAUGCAGAGGUUAUGUGCAUGUAGUGUUCUUGUUCAGAGUAAAAUAACUACAUUUUUAUUAACAAUAAAGUUACUUAAACAACAUUGCCAUAUAAAGAUGGAAUUACCUGCUAUUCUUUAACAUUUCUAAUUUCAAAAUAGUCCAUUAAAAUUAAUGUAAA